AUGGCGCCCAAUAAGCCGAUCGAGCAUGAUCCCAACUGUCUCAACAUCAACGAUCUCGAGGCCAUCGCGAGAGACAAGAUGGACAAGCAGACGAGGGACUACUACAACGAGGGCGCCGACUCCAACUCCACCCUCCGCGAAAACGUCACCGCCUACACCAAGUACCGCAUCCGCCCGCGCGUCCUGCGCGACAUCUCCCGCAUCGACACAACCUGCCCCGUCCUCGCACCACCAUCCCCCACCACCAGCACCAGCACCGCCACAACAACAACAACACCCCCCUUCCGCAACGCCAUCCCCCUCGGCGUCGCCCCAACCGCGAUGCAGCGCCUCGCGCACCCCCUCGGCGAAAUCGCCACCGCGCGCGCCUGCGCGCGGGCGGGCGUCGCCAUGGGCCUGUCGUCCUUCGCGACGACGUCGCUGGAAGACGUGGCGCGGGCGGCGCGAGACGAGUGCGCGGCGCUGGGGCGGGGGGCGUGCAUACCGCUGGUGCUGCAGCUGUACCUGUUCGAGGAGAGGGCGGAGAGCGAGCGGCUGAUCGAGCGGGCGCGGCGCGCGGGCUUCGCGGCCGUGUUCCUGACCGUCGACACGCCCGCGCUGGGGCGCCGGAACGGCGACGUGCGGAAUGGGUUCCGCUUGCCGGCGCAUCUGGGCAUCAUGAACUUUGCUGCGGGCGAUGCUGAUGCUGAUGCUGCUGGCGGGGAAGAGGAAGAGAGCGUGGCUGGGUAUUGGGAUGAGGGGAGCGGGCGGAGGGUGAGGCCGAGCGGGCCGGUGAGGUUUCAUACGCAUGCGGCGAACCCGACGCUCACGUGGGCGGGCGACGUCGAGUGGUUGAAGGAGCGCUGCGGGCCGGAGAUGCAGGUGUGGGUCAAGGGCGUGGCGACGGCGGAGGACGCGCUACUCGCGGUGCAGUAUGGUGUUGAUGGCAUUGUGGUGAGCAAUCAUGGCGGGAGGCAGCUUGAUGGUGCGUUGGCGACGCUGGACGCCUUGCCCGAGGUGGUGGCGGCGGUGAAGGGGAGGAUUCCGGUGCAUGUUGAUGGCGGCAUCAGGCAUGGUACUGAUGUGUUUAAGGCGCUGGCACUGGGCGCAGACUUUUGCUGGAUUGGCAGGCCAGUGCUGUGGGGGCUGGCGUACAAGGGCCAGGAGGGGGUGGAGCUGUGCUUGAGGUUGCUGAGGGACGAGGUGAAGUUGUGCAUGGGCUUGGCGGGGACGGUGAGCGUGAAGGACAUCACGAGCGACUAUCUUGUCAGGAUGGACAGAGACGGGUUCCCGGUGAGGUUGAGCAAGUUGUGA